AAACCCAGUAGUUUCACGACCGUCAAAAUGGAAUUAACCGUAUUUUUUCUCACGUUUCUCCAUUACGCUGCGGGUGCGAAAAUCCUAUUUUUCUGCCCAAUCCCGGCGAGGAGCCAUCAAAAAAUGUAUCAGACCGUCUGGACGGCGCUGGCCCAAUACCGGCACCAUCAUGUUUACACAGUAACCCCAAAUCCGGUCUUUAACGGAUCCAUAAAAACCCUUUUCGAAUACGACAUCAGUUCCACUUACGAUUUCCAAGAGAGGCAAAUCAGACCCGAAUGGAAGGAGGCAUUUUUCCAUAAGCCCACGUUUAUCGGGACCGUUUUGAGGCAAUUCGUUGCCCAAUGGAUCGGAUCGAAGGGCAUGCAGUUCCUGUACGAACAUCCCGAGGUUAAGAGGCUCGUUAAAGAACACAACUACUUUGACGUCUGCAUCUUCGAAUGGUUCCACCCAGCCAUAGCGAUCUACAGCCAUUUGUUUAAUUGUCCCUCGAUCGGAAUCGGCUCCAACAGCCUCCCGAUUCAGAUGUUGGACGCUGUAGGUAACCAUUUUCACCCUAUAACAGCCCCCGAACAAGAUUUGCCCAUUUUACGUGAUAAAAUCACUUUCGGUCAAAAAUUGUGGUCGGUUUUCUGGGCGAUUUUUGUACGGUUGCAUCAUAAAUACGUGUUGGUGCCACAGGAGGAUGCUCAGAUUAGGAGAUAUUAUGGGGAGGACGUGCCUUAUUUGGGAGAUCUGGAGAGGAAUUUGAGUUUGAUUAUUUUGAAUAGGAAUCCGGUAUUUCAUAGGCCUGUUGCUAAUUUGCCUGCGGUUGUAGAGCUUGGAGGGAUUAACUAUAAGAAGAAGGAGGUUCAAGUUGAUAUGACCUUAAAAAAAUUUCUGGACGAAUCCACGCACGGCAUAAUCUACUUCAGCUUGGGCAUAAGCAUGAAAGGCAUGUCACUUCCAUCCCACUAUGUAAGAACCAUCCAAGACGUCUUUAGCAAGCUGCCCUAUGACGUAUUGUGGAAGUGGGAAAACACAUCAAUGCCCAACAAACCGGCUAAUGUGCACCUGGCCGGGUUCAUUCCUCAAGUGUACGUUUUAGAACACCCUAAUGUGAGGCUCUUUAUCACCCAAGGGGGUUUACAGUCCAUAGAAGAAGCCAUUUCAGCCCACAAGCCUAUUAUUGGAAUACCAUUUCAUUCAGAUCAGACCACUAAUGUAGACACUUGCGUGAGUUACGGCAUGGGGAAGAUGUUAGAUCUGGACGAGUUGACUGAAGAAAACUUGAGUAGUUCUAUUUUGGAUAUUAUGAAUAAUUAUUCUAGUUAUGCCGAACAAGCCAAAAGACUGGAUGACUUAAUGAAAGACCAGCCCCAAGACGGUUUGGAUAAGGCCAUCUGGUGGAUCGAGUACAUAAUAAGGCACAAGGGGGCGAAGCAUUUAAGAAGUAUGGCGGCUGAUCUGCCUUGGUAUCAAUAUUUAAUGCUUGAUAUCUAUGCUUGCUUGGUGGGCAUUGCUUUACUAGUGAUUCUUAUUGUUUACUUAAUUUUUAAAGCUUCCUUAAAGGCUGUUAAAUGGGUGUAUGGUAAGUUGUUCGUUAAGGCAAAAGAUGAAAAGAGAAAGAGUGAUUAAAGAAUUGGUUUUUA